CACACACACGUCUUUCAUGUCCCACCCACUUCUUAAAAGUUAACUACGCCACUGAGAAAGACCCAUUUCUGAACACUGUGAAUCAAAGUUGACUUCUGUCUAAUUUAUCGGUCAGUUUGAGAUUGAGAAACCAGGAUGUCCCACACUGUCAUACCCAUGAACUCUUCAACACUCAUCAUUCAACUGCAACCAGCAACACAAACCGCACCUGGGACGACGCUCACAAAUGCUCCUGGGACGACAGGAGUUUCACCUCUUCAAGGACUUCAGAAAUUUCUGAAAGGACAACCAAAAGCCCUUGGGACGGUCCAGAUAAUGAUCGGUGUGAUGACUUUCCUGUUUGGCAUUGUGUCUACAGUUUAUAUUGAACCCAUCUUUGUCUAUACUGGUGUUACUUACUGGGGAUCUCUCGUUUACAUUGCCGCAGGUUCACUCUGCAUUGCUGCAGAAAACAAAAUUAAGUCUCCCUCCAGUUUGUGUUUGGUGAAUGCUUCACUGGGAAUGAACAUUUUCAGUACAAUAACCGCAGGCAUUGCCAUUAUUGCACUUUCACUAGAUUUUGCUUUAUGGCGAUACCAUUACUGCAGCGAUUAUUCCUGUUAUGUAAGGGCAAAGUACGAGUACAUUUCCGCAGGUUCACUCUGCAUUGCUGCAGAAAACAAAAUUAAGUCUCCCUCCAGUUUGUGUUUGGUGAAUGCUUCACUGGGAAUGAACAUUUUCAGUACAAUAACCGCAGGCAUUGCCAUUAUUGCACUUUCACUAGAUUUUGCUUUAUGGCGAUACCAUUACUGCAGCGAUUAUUCCUGUUAUGUAAGGGCAAAGUACGAGACUCUCUUCUAUGGAAUCAGAGGGGUAUUAAUGUUAUUCGCCGUGUUCGAGUUUAUCAUCUCCGUCUGUCUGUCAGCAUUUGCCUGUAAAGCCAGUGCCUACAGUUCUACUUCUCUGAUGCAGUUUGCGCAGGUUUUAUCACCACAGUCCUCUGAUUUCACGCGUUUCCAUGAUCUUAACAACUCAGAGAUACCUGUGGCAAGCAGCUCUUCCAUUAAUCACCAGCCUGCAGACACUCCUCCACAAUACAGUGAAUCCAAAUAAAUAUGAAUAAGUGGGCUGUUACCUUAUGAAACAAAUUAUAUGGGAAUGUAUUAGAACAGAGGUCCCAAACCUGUGCUAGAGGACCCCCUGCCCUGAACCUUUUGUAUGUCUCCUUCAUCUAACCAGUCCCUCCAGGAUUUCGCAGAGCUUUUUUCAGAUUUUUGCGGCCUAAAAUUACAUUUUUUUUCUGCAGCUUUUUUCAAAAUUUGUGGCAGUAUUUGUGCCAUUUCUUAUUGUUUUGCAGUGCAAAUAUACCACAGAGAACAUUCUUCUAACACUGUUAUGACUUCUCUGACUUGGAAAACCACUGUAGGUCUCCAGACUAAUGUUUGAGGACACCAACACUAGUGCUAUGAAGAUCUAGAGAAGGUGUCUCCAGCACCUGACAGUAAAACACUCCCUAAUCACACAUGUACAUCUUGGAGACGUCUUUUUAAUGUCUGCAUUUACAAAUGCAAGAUGUGUUUUUAACAGUGCUUGUUCAUCUGCUGUACGUCUCUAAGAUGUUUCCUGUCAGAUGUCAAAUAGACAUUUAUUAGAAUGGAUGUAAAACUGCUUCUGAGACCUUUAUCAGAUUACACAGCAGAUGAUUCCCAGAUCUUUAGCAGACGUCUUACUACAUCUGAUAAAAUGUACUUUUAUUAGUUUUUUGUAAUGUCUAAAUGUAAUUUAAUGAAUAUGGAAAUAUAUAUUUUAGGGAGUGGCCUAUAAGUACUCCUCUGCAGCCAUCUAGUGCUAAAUUUUAUAUAUAUUUUUAUUUUUAAAUAACUUUGCUUUAAUACAUUAUGAAACGUUUGGUUUUAUUCAUGGGGGAAACCUAUGAAGGAUGUACAAAUAUUAAUGUCACAUUAAAAAUAACUUUCAAAUUCUGUAAUAAUUAAAGCUUUGAAGUGCUGGGGAAAGUGUGAAGCAUUUAAUAUCACUCGAAAACAUUAAACCAUUUCUGCCACAAGUUGUUCCUGUAGUUUACUGUUAAAUCAAUGGUGAGCGGAGGUGGAGAUUUGUGUUUAUUGAACAAUGUUUACCUGGUUUCCACAUCAGUAAAUUAUUUAACAACUAAAUAAUUAAAAAUGUCCU